AUGAAACUGUUCCUGUUGGCUCUUAUAGUCGCGGUAACCACCGCAGCACCACUUCCUCCAAAUGAACAGAAUGCAGACCCAGUUGAGUUAAUUGUUAAUGGCGUGCCAGAUGGAGAGCCGUUGGAAAUCGGUGACAUUGUCGAUAUUAAACUAAAACACCACGUCGAUGGUCAAAUUGCUUCUGUCUCUGAUCUUCUUUAUCCAUUAACGGCGCAAGGUAUAGCCGAUUCGGUCGCUGCGGAGGAAAGUAGUCCAGGAGCACCCGAUGCGUCGAUCCCAAUACCUGCCGAACCUUUGCCUGAGUUGGAACCUGUGAUCUUACCCGAACCAGUGCUGCCAGGAGUAGUGCCCGAGUCCGUUGAAUUGCCCGCACCUGUUUUACCAGUAGUCGUACCAGAGCAGCCCGUAAUCGAACCAGAAAUUGUCGAAGAACCAAUUGUUGAACCAACGCCAAUUGAAGAGAAACCGGAAGUCAUUGAAGCACCGCAGAUUCCAAAUGGCGAAAUUUUCAAUGACGGUAAUGUUCAAGUCUCUCUAAAUGUUUCCAACGAGUCCGGAAUAAUUCCAACAAUUCAAAGUUGGCUCCAAAUACUUUUGAAUUACUUCCAUAAUGGUGUGCAAACCACCCAACAGAUAGUU